GCCAAGCCUCUCUUCAUCGUCUGGCAACCUCGGCCACCAAGUACAACUUCCAAGUCUCCUAAAUAUCCUCAUUCCUUAUCUCCCAAUUACAGGAAUCUCUCUAGUAUAUGUAUAGAUAUUCUUAAAUCCCUAUAUAUAGGUAACUGUCAUCUUGAUUCGUUUUCAAUAUCGCGGGAACAACCUUCAAGCAGAAUGGAGAAUCAGCAGGGGAUCAAUAAGGUGGUUGCUUUCGACAAAUUCACAUGGAAGAUUGAGAAUUUCUCGAAACAAAACGCCACCAAUCUGCGCUCCAAGCCCUUCAAAAUCUACGGUUUUAAAUGGAAGAUCCAUGUGCAUCCGCUGAGGAGGGACGUGGACCAUUUUUCUGUGUAUUUGACGGUUGCGGAUUCAUUACCGCCAUAUGGAUGGAGCAGAAACACACAUUUCAAGCUGGUCCUCGUUAAUCAGAUCGACCCCAACAAGUCCGUCAUCAAGGAAACACAGCAGAAAUUCAAAGGAGGACAUCGUAGCUGGGGCUCAUUCUUCGUCACUCUCAAAGACUUCUACGACCCCAAACAAGGAUAUCUCCUCAAGAACACAUGUAUCAUCGAAGCCCACGUUUGUGUUCCCGACGUUGUCCCCAAAAUUCAAGCCACCAAAACGACCAAUAUCCUUCCAACAAUAGAAGGUGAACAACAAAGCACAGAACCCACCAUACAGAACGAAGAUCAAACAACAUCAGAUCAAUAUUCCGACGAAAUUAGCGACAGACCUAGUUCCCUGACUAGCGUGUCCAGCCAUCCAGAGCUUGACGAAGUCCAAUGCUCAGAUUUAACUCUACGAGACCUCAUAGAUGUGAGCAGUUUUGGACCAGAUGAAGCAGCUUUCGUCCCUUUAUUGGAAGAAGCAUGCACGUGGCAUCCUCAACUGAUAUCCUCACAAAGGGACAGAACUCGCUGGUUCAAACUAUGGGCAUUCACGUCUUUAGGCCAAGUUCUGUACUUUCUCAAGACAAAACGAGUUAAAGACAUGGACGAAGAUGGGUGCAAGUACCUUCAAGGUUUAUGGGACGAGCUUGUGAAGUCGUCUGGGUUUAACUUGAGCUGGCUAGAGCCUUAUGUUCAAUCGGCGUUGAGCGCGAAGAGUAAUUUGGUAAAAGCCGAGGAAGUGGAGAAAGCUACGCGGAAAGUGACUGAUUUGGAGAUUAGAGCGAAGAAGCUGAAGGGAGAAUUGGCUGUUGCUGAACUGGAGCAUGAAUUAGCAAGAAGAGAGUUGGUCGAAAUCAAAACAAGUUUCCAUGAGUUGGAUUUGAACGCUGGAUUAGAUUAUGCCAUGUUUUAACACACACACGCACGCACGCACGCACGCACAUAUAGGAGCUACCGUGCGCUCAUGAAGAUGGUAGUGGGACUCCGCGUAAAGAUGUUGAAGGUUGACACUUGGAUUAUUAAAAAUGUAAUUAAUAUAAUAACCGCGUAAAGGUGUGAGAAUGGACGAGAUUAAGGUUCUUUAAAAAUGUGUAAAUAAUUCUGUCUAUAUUGCUGAUUGCUUC